GGGGCGAAGAGCUCGAAUCCCUGCGAGACCGGUGAGGAUCGGCUGACGCUCUGGCCGUCUGUCGGGGCUGCGAUUCCCUGCCCACCGCCAGAAUUUCUGUGGAAAAAAAAGACAUGAGUGCCUGCAAUGAGAUUUCCUGACAAGAAGUUGAUACAAGAGAAGGAAAGGAGAUCAACAGUAGCAAACUGGUUUCAGAUAACCAGGAUUUUGUACUUAUCAUCUCCAACUACAGACGUCAUUGCCUACUUUUAAGUCAGAGAUAACUACAGUCAGAACACAGACAAGGCGAAAGGAUACAUUUCUUCUGCAUUUUUUGAGAUUAGAGAAACUGCAAUGUCUAGGAAACAAAGCCAGAAGGAUUCAUCAGGAUUUAUUUUUGAUUUACAGUCCAAUACGGUACUGGCCCAGGGAGGAGCUUUUGAGAACAUGAAAGAAAAGAUAAAUGCAGUGCGUGCAGUAGUUCCCAAUAAGAGCAACAAUGAAAUCAUCCUGGUUUUGCAGCACUUUGAUAAUUGUGUGGACAAAACAGUACAGGCAUUUAUGGAAGGUAGUGCCAGUGAAGUACUCAAAGAAUGGACAGUAACAGGCAAGAAAAAGAACAAAAAGAAGAAAAACAAACCAAAACCUGCAGCAGAAGCAAGUAACAGUAUCCCAGAUUCCAGUAAAUCAGUUUCCAUUCAAGAGGAGCAGUCUACACCUUCCUCAGAGAAAGGUGGUGUUAAUGGUUACCAUGUCAACAGUGCCAUCAAUGAUACUGAGUCUGUGGACUCACUCAGUGAAGGUAUGGAGGUACUUUCAAUAGAUGCCAGAGAAUUGGAGGAUCCUGAGUCUGCCAUGCCAGAUACACUGGAUAGAACAGGAUCCAUGCUGGGGAAUGGUGUCUCUGAUUUUGAGUCCAAGCCUUUGACUAUGCACUCUACUCAGAAUUCUCAACAAAAUAGGAAUGCUGCCAAGUCUCUCUCAAGAUCAACUGCAGGACCUCAGUUUUUGAAUCUGGGGAUUGAAAAUGUUCCACUCUCCACCAAUAAAAAGCUAGGUUCCAACAUUGAAAAAUCUGUGAAAGACCUCCAGCGCUGCACAGUGUCUCUUGCUCGGUAUCGCGUUGUAGUUAAAGAAGAGAUGGAUGUUUCCAUUAAGAAAAUGAAACAAGCAUUUGCUGAAUUGCAGAGUUGUUUAAUGGAUCGAGAAGUGGCAUUGCUUGCUGAAAUGGACAAAGUGAAAGCCGAAGCAAUGGAAAUUUUGCUCAGCCGGCAAAAGAAAGCCGAACUUCUAAAGAAGAUGACUGAUGUGGCUGUUCGAAUGUCAGAGGAGCAAUUGGUUGAGCUCAGAGCUGAUAUAAAGCACUUUGUUAGUGAACGUAAAUAUGAUGAGGAUCUGGGACGAGUAGCCAGGUUCACCUGUGACGUAGAGACCCUAAAGAAGAACAUUGAUUCAUUUGGACAAGUGUCCCAUCCAAAGAAUAGCUAUUCCACCAGAUCCCGAUGUAGCUCAGUUACAUCUGUGUCCUUGAGUAGCCUGGGCGAUGCCUCUGCUGCUUCCUCUUCCACCUGUGCGUCCACUCCCAGCCUUACCAGUGCUAACGAGAGACACUCGGGACCAGGACAGACUCCUGCAGCCAGAGCAAAUCCCAGUGGCCGGCCCUGCCAGCCUCAACGAGAGGUAUUGCCGGGGAACAGACAAGGAGGACAAGGCUACAGGCCACAAGGCCAAAAGUCCAGUGACUCCACGAACCAAGGGCGACAUGACAAUGGGGGUCGUUACAGAAAUAGCUCUUGGUAUUCAUCUGGUUCCAGGUAUCAGAGUGCUCCAUCCCAGACAUCAGGAAACACUAGUGAGCGAGGCCAGGCUCACUCUGCAGGGACCAAUGGAACUGGAGCCAGCACAGAGCCCAGCCCACCCAAACCCUCAUUCAAAAAAGGGCUCCCCCAGCGCAAACCCAGGACCUCUCAGCAUGAAGCCGUGAACUCUUGAGGGAAAUUCAGUUGGCCUCUCUCCUCUCUCUCACACAAUUCAACUUGGUAACUGGACUUUAGGAAACAUAUAGUGAGAUUUAAUAACAGAAAGAAGUAUGCGCAUAUCACUUUUUAUGCCAUUCUAAAUAUUUUUGGUUUCUUCUCUCAUUUUCUUUUUACCGUUUUUGGAAGGGACGUCGUUUCUCCUUUGACCUUUCCCAAAGAUAGAUUGAAGUGACCUUGAAUAGAUUGAUUCUGAUUGGUCAUUUCCAUAGGAAUAACAGGCAAGUGUUGCCAGGUCUCUGAGGGCAAGCAGUGUCCUUCCCAGUGCACAGGCCUUUCAGUCGCCUGAAGAGGCCUCCCUCAGCAGCUCCCUGCUAUUCCGGUUCUCAGGAGAUGCAUCAGAGCUAGUCUUGUUGCUUUUCCAGUCUAAGCAGAAGCCCCACAUGCCUGUCAGGAUCCCUCUAAACAGCAGUGUAACCAGGAGAGGCAGUGAGGGGAGUGUGUCCUACACUGAAUUAGCCAGAGAAGGGUAUAUUUAAUUGAUGAGAGGGGAAGACACUAGGAAACAUUGAGAAGAGGCCUCUGCUCCCAGAACAUUCCUAAGAUUGAUGCUCAGAUCAGUGUUUCAGUCUCCUACUUGGCACCAUAGCCUAACCUGCAGUUUCUCCAAAAUUCCCAAAGUUGCCUUUCCUAUUAGGUUAGGCUACAAAUCAGUCCAGGGAAGCCUAUGGGAAAGUAGCAUUUAAUUAAAGUGAAAAAAGGAAAAAAAAAAGUAUUUCUUUGUUUCAAUAUUUGAAGAUUUUGUUGUUAUUGUUCUCCCUCUUUCCUGAAUGCUAUUCUGAUCCUGAACCAAAUUUAUAGCAAUACAAUUAGUGUUAAUCUAAGAUGUUGCCUAUCAAAAAAUUGCCACAGUCAGUCUUUAUAUUUGAAUAAAUAAAAUCAACUACAUAAACGUUCCCA